AUGCCGGCUGCUGCGCUGCAUGCUCCGGUACCUGGGGUCGCCUCCGCCGUGCCCGAGCGCACGUUCACUGUGGGCGCGCAGUAUCUCGUCGCCCGAGGCGAGGGACCACCUCGUCAGCUGACGACAGGACCGGCAACUGUGCUCAACUCGCGCCUUAAGCUCGGCCAGCGCGAGGCGUACAUCUCGUUCGUCGGCGAGGACAAGCGCCUCGAUACAGCUGAGACCAGGUACUACUCUCCGUACCCCAUGCCGUUCGACGCAGGCACGCCGGCUCCCCAGUCUAAGGGGAAGGGGAAGAAGAGGAAGGAGCCGGGAGACGGCACCGCGCCGCGACCGCGAACACCGCUUGCGUCAGCCCGAAGCGCGAACGAUGUCAUGGCUGUCGGUGUGGGGAAGGACGGGGAAGGCGCGCGGGGAAGGCUGUGGGUGUGUGACGUGAGUUGCUCACCUCGCGGCGCAACUGACCAGCAGUUAUGUUUCAAAUACAUGCGGACACGAGCGGGGUGGGAGAACCACACUAUGCGGCCACCGGGGAGGAAGGUGUACCAGCGGGGAAGCUACACGAUAUGGGAGGUGGACGGAGCGAACGCGACUAAUCUGAGUUUGUUCGGGAAGCUCUUCAUUGACCACAAGGUGAGCUGGCUGGCGAGAGUUGGCGACCAAGCUGACGUACAGUCCGUCUUCUUCCACGUGGAGAACUUUUUGUUCUACGUUCUUUGCGAUGCGGCAACGUCGACGCGAGAUCAGGUCAUGGCGUUCUUCUCCAAGGAGAAAGUCUCAUAUGACGACUUCAACCUCGCUUGCAUCGUGACCUUCCCUCCGCACCAGAACCGCGGCUUCGGCAAACUCCUCAUUGAGUUCAGCUACUACCUAACGCGGCAUCCUGCGACGCGGUCGCCUAACAAGUCGCCCGGCACGCCGGAACGUCCACUGUCUGACCUCGGCCGCAAAGGGUACAUGGCGUACUGGGUGUCCGUCGUGAUUCGCCUGUGCCGACGGCUGCUAGUAGGUGCGCCAGCUUCCGCGCCUCCGACUCCGAAGAGUCCAGCGGCUACUGAAGGUCGUACACUGAGGACGCGCAAGGCCACGACUCCAGCCAUUGCUGACGAAACCAUCACGAUAAACGGCGCAGGUAGGUUCCAACUGCCUAGUCCUAUUAACCUGGCAGAUCUAAGGAAACGCGCGGACCCCUCGACACCCGGGCACUUCUCAGUUGCUGCACCGCUUGGAUCAUUGGCGCGCGCAUGUCACUUGCGCACAGACGACCUGCAGAUGGUCUUGGAGGAGCUCGGGUUCUUGAGGCACCGCCGCGCAGUCUCGCGGCAGAAACAGGAAGAGGAAGAGGAGGAUGACGGCGAGGAACCGGGCGAGUGGACAGACGUCGAGAUCGUCAUUACGCAGGACGAAGUCGAGGAGGCGGCCGCCAAGUGGCGCGUUAAGGAUAAGCCUCUUCUGGAGGAGCAGUAUUGUUUGUUGUAG